GAUUGAAAUGGCCAUGGAAAUACCAUUUUAUGGCCUCAUCACACCAGAGCAUGGAUCCAUUUUAAAUCCGGUUUCUGCUUCCUGCAGAAUUCUGGGAUUUGUAGUUUAAUGAGGCCCAGGACCUGUCUGGCUGAGCUGUUUAAAGGCCCCUCCACAAAGUGGAUCUAAACUCUAGUGUUAUGAGGUGUGACUAUGAGAAGGAUGAAAAUGUUAACAAGGAUAAAUAUAAUUUAAAAACCAACAUGAUAAAAAUUCAAGAAUAAAUAAUUUUAAAAAACAGUCCUUAUUUACACUUCUUCUCAUGGGUAAACUGGAAAAAAAGUACUUUAUUCAAACAUUUUCCGAGGCAUUUCUUCCCCCUUGAGAAAAGCGUUUCCUCCCAGCUUCAAAACCCAAGUGUUUCCCAAGCUCUUUUUCAGGCAGUUUUGACUUCAGUUCCCAGAGUUCCUUUGUCCAAGGAAGCGGGGUCUUCUGGGAGUUGGAGUCCAAAAGCCUGGAGGAUCAAAGGCGGCUUGAAGGCAGACCUCCGAGAUCUUGAACUACAGGUGGCUAGAGAGGACUUCCUGCGGUGCUUUGUUUUGGGCGGAUGUGUCCCGUGUCCUCCUCUUCCUGGUCCGGCUUCUCCUCCAAAAGCGGCUUCUUGGGAAACUCGUGCCUUUGGCUUUUCUUUCCCGGAGGUUUUUGGAGGAAAAGGAGAAACAUCUAAGGCGGAGUUCUUGGAUUUAGAGGAAAGAAACUGAAGGGAAGAAGUCUUCUACGCAGAAAGCUCCAUGCAGAUGUUUAGACUGCUGCGGUAGAGUCUACAAUUUCCCACCGUUUUAGGUAGUAUUGUCCGAGGAUGAAAAUGGAGACCCAAAAAAACCUUACAAGUCUUAUACCAGGGCAGGUGUCAUGGGAAGUGAGAGGGAGCUGCCAUGUUGGAACGACGGAGGCAUUCCUUCAAAGGAGACCUACAGAUGUGGAACAGGAACCCGACAAAGACUCGCUUCAGCAGUGGGAAACCAAAUUGCAGGAGUUCCUGAAGAGUGUGGAAGGCCCUCACCCAAACAGGGAGGCCCCUCAGUUGAGGGAGGAGCCGUGGGGCGACGCCAAAGCCUUCCUGGCCUCCUUUGAGCAAGUGGCCCAAGCCUGCCGGUGGCCCAAGGAAGAGUGGGUGCCCCGGCUCCUGCCAGCAUUGAGCGGAGAGGCCAAGCGGGCCUUCACCGGCCUGGAGGCCAAAGACAGGGAGGAUUAUGGGAAAGUGAAGGCCGCCAUCUUGCACGGAGAUGCCAUGCGGAGGGAGGAGCAGCGACAGUGUUUCCGGCGGUUCUGCUACAGGGAGGCUGAGGGGCCAAAAGGAGCAUACAGCCAGCUUCAGGAGCUGUGUUGCCAGUGGCUGAAACCUGAAAGGCAUUCGAAGGAGCAGAUCCUGGAGCUGCUGGUCUUGGAGCAGUUCUUGGCCAUCCUGCCUCCAGAGAUAGAGGCCUGGGUCAAGGAAUGUGGUCUAGAGACUUGCUCCCAGGCCGUGGCCUUGGCGGAGGACUUCCUCCAGAAGCAGCGAGAGUCCAGGCCUCAGGCGAACCAGAUGUCAUUAGAGGAAGAGGAGACGGUGGGUUCCCCUGAAGUUGGCCAAGCCCUGCCUGAGAUUGAGCAGAAGAAGCUUAGUGUGGAGAUCAAACAGGAAGAUGAUGGCGGGGAUGCUGGACUUUUGGGUGAUAAAUGGAAAAGUGAGGGGCAACUAGGUGAGGAUUCCCCAGAAAGAACAGAGUGUGAAGCAUUGGAGGAGAAUGCUUGGAGCCAAGAAGGCCCAGUGAGCCAAGACGGAAGCCACACGAAAGAACCGGCAGCCAAAUACUUCCCAUUUCAUGUGGGAAACUCCCACAAAAUCUCAGUUUGCUCUGAGGACAAAAAAGAUUUAAUGUUUGAAAAGACCUUCAAUCAGAGUGGAAGCAUUACUGAAUGUGAAAUGCUUUAUGAUGGGACGAGUUCCAGCAUACACUUGAAUCAAAAUAUUUCUGCAGAUGAGAACCCAUGUAUGAAUUCGGAUCCUGAUAAGAUUAAGCGUCCAGGGAUCCAAAAAGGGGAGAAGGUGUAUAAAUGUUUGGAGUGUGGGAAAUGCUUUGGUCGGAAGGACAAUCUGAAGUCACACCAAAUAAUCCACACGGGAGAGAAGCCUUAUCAGUGCUUGGAAUGUGGGAAAUGCUUUGUCCGGAGUGCCCACUUGCUUAGGCAUCAGGAGAUUCACAUGGAGGAAAAACCACACCGCUGCCCAGAUUGCAGCAAGAGCUUCACCGACAAAUCAGUGCUCAUUGAGCACCAAAAAAUGCACACGGGGAAGAAGCCAUAUACCUGCUCUGUAUGUGGCAAGAGUUUCCGUGACCAAUCCAACCUUUCCAGACAUAAAAGAAUCCACACUGGAGAGAAACCGUACACCUGUCCCGUGUGCAGGAAGGGCUUCAGCCAAAGUUACAGCCUAACUUUACAUCAGAGAGUCCAUACCAAGAGAAGCUGCCACAUGAAACUCAGCAUUUGCUGAACGCCGGCAUGGCUGUAUUAGUCUUUUUACCCAAAUGAAUGAACAGUCUCUUAAAAAUAAAUAUCCUAUAUCAGGUAUCCUCAAACUUUUUAAGCAGAGGGCCAGUUCAUGGUCUAUCAGACUGUUGGGGUCAGACUAUAGUUUGAAAAAAUCAUGAACCAAUUCCUAUGCCCACUGCACAUAUUUUAUUUGUAGUGCAAAAAGCCAUGAAAGAACACCACAAUAUUUAAAAUAUAUUUCAGUGAAAAGUGUGGACCUUCUUUGGGCUGAUGAGUUAAUCAAGUCAAUUAGUGGUGGUCCCGUGGUGACCAGUCUCAAACGCUCUCAUUAGUUUGUUACAAGAAGUAGCCUGAUGCUGAGAAGGAGUUGAACUAAAAUUAAGUAGUAGUAAAAAGGAGAAGGUGCAAGGAGCAAGAAACAAUCAAGGAAGACAAAGCCUGAAGUUCAGGGGUAUUUAGAGCUGACCUUUUGCUGAAGAAGCUGAUUAACACAAAAGGCUGCCGGUCAGUGAAAUUACCCCCUCGGUGACUGGACAUUGCUUCAUAAAACAUUGCUUAGAAUAUACCUUGACUCUGGGAUUUGCUCUAACAUGACAUUUACAUAGAACAUUUUCGUAUUUCACAAUGCAAAUCCAUAGAGAAUUUCAGCAUCUAGGUAAUUUAAUCAUUUUUACUAUUUGCUAGUUUACAAUUUUUAUUAUUUUUAUUAUUUUACUUUAUUUCAUUAAAUAUGUUUUAUUA